AUGCCCUCCUCGCGCCCUCCACAGACGCAAACGCUCCGCGACAAGGCCACCCUCCUCCGGGACAAGGUGGAAUCUCUCACCAAGCUCAAUCUGGGCCUUGAUCGGAUGACGCAGCGGUCCAAGGGGCCUUAUCAUAACCAUGCGAAUUCUUCUACGAAUCAGACGAAAUGGUCGAAUCCGGCCACAGGUACGGAAUCAACUACCGCUCUUGUUGAGGGGUGGCUGAUGAGUUUUGAUGAAUAGGCAAUCCGGCGAAGGGGAAUUUGGCGAAAGGGAAUCCGGCGAGAUCGGAUCCGGCGAAUCCGAAGGCGAGUAGUCUGGGGGGUUUGAGCGAUGGGAAGAAGAAGUGA